AUGAGCAACAGAUCAAUUACUCUUCUUCAGCGGGUGGACAAUGCCACGGAGCAGCUGAACUCCAAGUUCACGGACAUUGUCAACUCGGCCAAGGUGUCAUCCAAGGACAAAUCCGCGCUGGCGAUGGAAACGUACCUGGUAGAAGAGUCGACUUCGGCCAUGGUGCGGUCUCUGGAAGACCUUUUGUUUGUGACCCGCUCGCUUAAGGAGGCGUGGAUCUUGGGACAGAUUCGGCCGGUUGUGAACAAGCCCGAGGACGGCGGCGAGGGUCAACUUGCCGACGAGCUGCUUGACAAGAUUGAAGAUACUUCCGAUGGGGUCGAUAAGGAGACGGCGUGA